AUGGCCACGGAAACCGAACAAGCAAUCAGCAUACUGGAAAAUACAGCCCUACUAUUGAAGAAAACACAGCUCAAUUUAUCAAAAUGCCCCAAACAACGACUGGCUAAAGUGGGCUACUUACAAACCAGAAUUAAAACAAUUGAAGAAUACUGGAUGAUUUUCAAAGAAGCCCAUAAAAAAUUAUUGACCUGUACCACUCGUGAGGAGCGUGGAUUGCUGCCAUAUUUCGAGAAUGAGGAAUUUUUUAUACAAGAAGAUUUGUACUUGUAUAUGUUGGGAGACUUGAAAGACAUGUUGGCGGCAGUCGAGUCUGCCAAAAGUAAACAAUCGCCACCAGAAGACCUGCAAAAUAAGAAAGUUCCCCUCCCAGUUAUACAUUUACCUCUGUUUUCGGGCGAGUACGAACUCUGGCCUAGUUUUAAAGAUUUAUUUUCAUCACUCGUCCACAACUGCUCGGCACUAAGUGACGUUGAAAAACUCCAUUACCUAAAAACCAGUGUGGCAGGUGAAGCAGCGACUUUAUUGAAGCACAUUACAGUAACAAGCGCUAACUACAUUCAAGCAUGGGGAACGCUGAACCAUCGAUAUAGGAACAAGCGUCUAAUAGUGAACGCAUUGUUGAAGCGACUUUUUGCCCAGAAGAAAUGUACUAGCCAAGCCGCAACCCAACUGAAAUCUCUACUCGACACCACCAACGAAGUAUUACAGAGUUUAGAAAAUCUGGAGGUGUCGACGGAUUCUUGGGAUCCCAGGACUUGUCGACUUGGAGGGAUCUGCAAUGAACGUGGACACACUACUGCAUUGAAGGCGCUAAUAGACUCAGGAUCUCAAGCAUGUUUUAUAAGUGAAAAGGCAACUCAGAUCCUGAAACUACACAAGACAGCAGUAGAUCUUAUCGUGUCUGGCCUUGAGUCCAUGAAGGUUAGAGUCAGGCAUGAAGUAAAUGUAAAUGUAUUAUCACGAUGGAAAAAUUUCAUUUUACCUAUUAAAGCCUACGUGAUGAAGAAGCCCUUGACCUCUAACAUACAUUCAGGCACAAUAAUAAAAAGAGAUUGGCCGCACCUUGCUGGCAUUCAACUGGGAGACGAAACAUUUUCCGCCUCCUGUAACAUCGAUCUGCUGUUGGGUGUCAAUGAGUAUGUAAAUAUUACGAAGAAGGGAUUGAUCAAAGGUCCACCAGAAGAUUUACUGAAAACAAUAUGGGAAGUUGAUGAAGAUACGAAAAGAAAUUUAACACAAAGGGAACAGUUAUGUGAAGAUAUAUACACUAAGACACAGAAGCGAGAUGAAUGUGGAAGAUAUGUUGUCAAAUUACCAUUCAACACUGAAGAACCUAAAUCAAAAGAAGGAAAUACGAGAGAUAUAGCAAUGAAAAGACUAAUGCAAUUAGAAAGAAGGUUCAAUCAAAAUAAAGAAUUAAAGCACGAAUACAAGAAGGUAAUUGAAGAUUACAUAGACCUAAACCAUAUCGAAGAAAUACCUACAGAAGAAAUAAAUAAUAGAUCAGUCUACUUACCUCACCACGCCGUGAUCCGUAAUGAUAAAGAAACCACGAAGACUCGUGUCGUAUUUGACGCUUCGUGCAAGGGCUCUAACGGUGUCUCUCUCAAUGACGAACUGUUGACGGGUCCUGUACUGCAAGACGAUCUGAGAAACCUGAUAAUGAGGUGGAGAACUCACGCCGUUUGUUUUGUUGCUGAUAUCCAGAAAAUGUACCGUAUGAUAUGGGUUGACCGAGAAGACGCAGAUUAUCAAAGAAUUUUGUGGAGAAAUGACCAAUCUGAAGAAGUCAAAGACUACAGAUUGUUGACUGUUACGUUUGGAACAGCUUUUGCUCCCUAUCUCGCCGUAAGAACCCUUAUGAAGUUAGCAGAAGAUGAAGGCGACCGGUAUCCCGAAGCUGCUAAGAUAUUGCGUGAAGAUUUUUACGUAGAUGACGCGAUGUCUGGAAGUGACAGUCUGCAACAAGCAAUAAAGAAUAGUAAAGAUCUGAGAGCGCUUCUUCAUUUGGGUGGAUUCGAACUAAAUAAAUGGUCAUCCAACAGCCGAGAAUUCUUGGAAACAGUUGAUCCUGGCGAAAGAUCGUCUAAUGCUAAUCUGGAAUUGAAGAUUGAUGGAAUAAUAAAGGCACUUGGCGUACAAUGGAAUUUAGGAAAAGACAGAUUCGAGUACAAGUUAAACUUACCUUCAAUCAGUGAAGUGAUCACGAAGCGAAGCAUUCUGUCUGACAUCCAAAAGUUGUUUGACCCACUCGGCUGGAUUGCGCCUAGCAUCGCUCUGACAAAGAUAUUAAUGCAAGAACUAUGGCUUGAAAGGAUAAACUGGGAUGAUGCAUUGAAUUCUAAAAUAGCCAGCAGGUGGAUCACAUUGCGAUCUGAUCUGGAACAUGUGAAUGGAAUCUACAUAGAAAGAUGGGUAGACGGUACGAACAAAACGACGCUUAUCGCAGCAAGAACAAGAGUGGCUCCAUUGAAAACAAUAUCCUUACCUCGUUUGGAGCUCUGCGGCGCGUUGAUACUCUCAAGAUUGCUUAAGCAAGUUGGUCAAGCAAUGAGAAUACCUGCAACUCAAAUUUAUGCUUGGACAGAUUCGUCCAUUGUCCUGUCGUGGUUAUUUGGAGAUCCAAACAACUGGAAGGUGUUUGUAGCAAACAGAGUUGUUGAGGUUACAACAAAUGUAUCCUGCAGUCAGUGGCAUCACGUCCAAACUCAAGAUAAUCCAGCUGAUGUUGGUUCCAGGGGGAUGUUAGUAGAAAAUCUGAAAAAGUGUGAAUUAUGGUGGCAUGGGCCAGACUGGUUACAACAAUCGAAGAUACAGUUCACUAAACCAAACAUAAUGCAAACAGAGAUUGAAAGGAAAAAUAAUAAAAUACAAAAUUUAAAAAUAACUUACAACAGAAAUGAACAAGAGAAGAGACUACUUACACAAUUUGAAGAAUUUGAUACACUAUUAGAGCUACUUAGAACAAUCACAUACUGCCGAAGAUUCCUGAAACAAAAAACAUUAAAGGACAGAAUAGAUAGCAAAAUCACAACUGAAGAACUACACGUAUCGAUGCAGACCUGUAUAAAAAGAGCACAAGAAGAAGAAUUUACAGAAGAUAUAAAAUCGUUAAAAACAAAAAAGAGAGUUAAGAAAACAAGCAAACUAAAAGCACUAGAUUCUUACCUUGACGAAGAUGGAAUCCUGAAGGUGGGCGGUCGGCUCAGGAACUCUGAACUGGCUAAUGAAGUGAAGCACCCAAUCAUUUUGGGUCAUGCAAGUAGACUUACCUAUUUAGUGGUCGCAGAAGCACAUUUGAAGACGCUGCAUGGAGGAGUGCAAUUGAUGCUCACUUACCUGCAAUCGAAAUACUGGAUACUCCGCGCGAAGUCCCUAGUAAAGCAGUGUAUCCAUCGAUGGAGAGCAUGA